AUGAUUAAAUUUAUAGUAGGAAUAAUAUGCUAUUAUAUACUGUAUUGUUCUUAUCAUGUUUAUGAAAAUAUAAGAACACCUAUCUAUGACCAUACAAGAGAUAUAAAAAAUUCAAAAAAACAGAGUAACAAUAAUAAUUUAUACGGAAAUAAUAUAUAUAAACCUUUUAAAAAUGUAUUAACAAAGAAGGAUAAAAUAGACUAUCAUAUAUACUUAUCAUGUGUAGAAGAUAUUGAUUUAAAUAAAUAUAUAGAUGAAAAAUAUAUCGAUUAUGACAGAAAUUUUAUAAAAGUUUUUUAUCUGAAAAAUGCAAGAUACAACUGGGAUGAGUCACAGAUAAAUCAAAUAUGGAAAUGGAUAUUCUUUUCGGAGCAUAUAUAUCCAUCAGUUGAUAUUGUUAUUCCCAAAAGAUUAAUUAAUAUGAAUAAAAAUAUUUACAUGCACAUAAUUACUUAUGUAAAUGAUGAAUUAUAUAGACAUGGAUUUGUUACAAAUCUUUUAACAAAAACUAAAAAAGGUAUAAAAGAACAAGGAAAAAAAAAAAAAAAAUAUUUAUGGAAAAUUUUUUUUGAUGAUGAGUAUGAUGAUGAUGAGUAUGAUGAUGAUGAGUAUGAUGAUGAUGAAGGAGAAGAUGAGGAACAAGAAGAAGAGGAAGAAGAGGAGGAAGAAGAGGAAGUGGAAGAAGAGGAUAGGGAAAGAAAGAACAAAAUAGAGGGAGGGAAAAAUGUAGUAAAGAAAGUAAAAAUGAGUAAUUCUUUGUAUAUUCCUAAAAGGAUUAGAUUUGGCCCAGUUAUUGAAUUUAACGAUAUAAAUAUUAAUAAACUAGGCUUUUUUUCAAACGUUUUUGUAGAUAAGUCAACAAAUACUUAUUUAUUACCAACAUAUUUUAAUAAUCAUUUGACUCCUGAGGAUGAAUAUGAAUUACUUUUAAAAGAAAGAGGAGUAGAUGAUGAUGAAGAAGAAGAUGAGGAAGAGGAAGAAGAAGAAGAAGAAAGGAAAGGAAAACAUGGGAAUCGUGUAAAAAAUGGAAACCAUAGAAAAAGGAACAAUCCCUAUAGAAAUAAUAAACAUGUAUACGAAAUUACGGUGGAAUAUGCACCAAUAAGUUACACCUAUUUUAACUUGUAUAAUAUAAUAAUAUUUAAUAUGAAUCACCUAAAAGAGAAAUAUAGUUAUACCUCGUACGAUUUGGAUAGCUUGACUAUAUUUUUAUGUGGAAAUAUUUAUUUAUGUGUCUUUAUAUAUAUAAUUUGUAUAAUUCAUAUAAUACUAAAUAUAAUAGCUUUAUUAUUUAAUAUAGAAAGUUGGAAUAAAUUAAAUGAUUUAUAUUCCUUUUUACCAAAUACUACUUAUUACAAAUUAUUUUUUACCUUCUGUAUUUUCUUAUAUUUAAAAAAUAAAAAUAGUUGCAAAAUCCUUAUGGUCUUUUGUGUACUAAAAAUGGCUGUGUGUAUAUGGAAAGUAAUAAGCAAAUAUGAUAUACAUUUCUUACCAAUCCAUCCGUAUGUAUAUAUUGGUAAUAAUAAACCCUCGAUAGAAAACAAGAAUUUAAAUGUAGACGUAUUAGAAAACAAAAUCAAAAUGAAAAUACAGAAUUUUAUGAUCAGUUCAAUAAUACUAAUUCUUACUUAUAACUUUUUAUACAACCUGUAUGAUUCCUUUUAUUCAUUUAUUAUACACACCUUAGGAAUAUAUUCAUAUAUUUUUAAUUUUAUUUUUAUGUGCCCACAAAUAAUAAAAAAUUAUUGCACUAAGACAGUUCAGCAUAUUCCAGUAUUCUACUUUUUCAUGCUUUUUUUAAAUGCUCUUAUGGAUGAUUUGUUCUCUCUCCUGUUAAGAAUGCCAACAAUACAUAAGUUUAAAGCGUUCGGAGAUGAUAUAAUUUUUUUAAUUUUUUUAGUGCAGUACUGUGUGUAUAAAAAAGGACAGAUAUGUAUAAGCCCUCCUCAAGGCGGUAAAGUGCCAAAGGAAUCAAAAAAGAAGAAAUGA